CAGGGGUGGACCGACCAUUUGGAAACUCGGGCACUGCCCGAGGGCCCGGGGUCAGUAGGGGGCCCCAUGAGAUGCCCCUGGUACCUUUUUCAUAGGCUUUUUUGAGUUUGGGCAAGGACACAGGGGACCCAUGAUCCCCUAUUGCCCGGGGGCCCUAUGAGUUCUCAGUCCGCCCCUGCAUUCCGCCCCUGUGCAUAUCCUUUCUGCAGAUUAGCUCUAGUAUCUGAUCAGUUUAUCUACUCACUUGGUCCCAGGAGU